AUGGCUUCCAAGGACGAAACACCAGCCAAGUCCACCACAGAAGAUGAAGAGGACUCGGAGCUCGAGCGCAGACACAGCAUUGUCCGCGACUUGGCACGCCAGUACACCAACCAGAGUCAAAUGUCUGCUAUCAGCGGCAACCCCUUUACAGCAGAUGAAAACAGCCCCCUGAAUCCCAGAAGCGACAAGUUUAGAGCUUUGGCUUGGGCAAAGGCCAUUUCGAAAUUACACAGUGAGGCUGGCUUUACUAAUCGAAAAGCUGGCGUUUGUUAUCAGAACUUGAACGUGUUUGGCUAUGGUCAGCCCACAGAUUAUCAGAAGAACGUGGCCAAUAUCUGGCUUGACGUCGCUUCACUUCCGCGACAGUUGAUGGGGUAUGGAAAGACUAGGAUCGACAUCAUUCGAGACUUUGACGGCGUUGUCAAGAAUGGAGAAAUGCUCGUGGUACUAGGACCUCCUGGAUCUGGCUGUUCAACAUAUCUCAAGACCAUCUCCGGCGAGACGAGUGGUAUUUACAUCAACGAUGAUGCAUACUUCAACUACAGGGGCAUAACGGCCCAUGAGAUGCACACCCGCCAUCGUGGAGAAGCAAUCUACACCGCAGAAGUAGACGUCCACUUCCCCCACCUCACCGUCGGCGACACCCUCGACUUCGCCGCCCACGCCCGCGCCCCGCGCUCCAUCCCCGGCGGCAUCGACCGCGAGACCUUCAUUUCGCACUCGCGAGACGUCGUAAUGGCCAUGUUCGGCAUAAGCCACACGGUAAACACAAAAGUCGGAAACGAGUACGUCCGCGGCGUAUCCGGCGGCGAGCGCAAACGCGUCACCAUCGCCGAAGCGUCUCUCAGCGGCGCACCGCUGCAGUGCUGGGAUAAUAGCACGAGGGGUCUUGAUUCGGCGAAUGCGGUGGAGUUUUGUAAGACGUUGAGGCUGCAGACGCAGAUGUCUGACACGGCGGCUAUGGUGUCGAUAUAUCAGGCUCCGCAGGCUGCUUAUGAUAUUUUUGACAAAGUUGUUGUGUUGUAUGAGGGAAGGCAGAUCUUCUUUGGAGGAACGAAAAUGGCGAAGCGGUAUUUUGAAGAUUUGGGGUUUGAGUGUCCUGCGCGACAGACGGUACCGGACUUCCUGACGUCGAUGACAAGUCCACAAGAGCGAAUUGUACGAAAGGGCUUUGAAGACCGCGCACCGAGAACACCAGAUGAAUUCGCAGCAGCAUGGAAAUCCUCCCAAGCCAACAUCCUUCUGCAGCAAGAAAUCGAAGAGUAUAAGCGCGAUUUUCCAAUCAAUGGACCUGAAGCAGAAGAGUUUAGAGCGAAUCGACGCGCAGCGCAGGCUAAGAACCAACGAAAGAAGAGUCCGUACACGCUGAGCUACUGGCAGCAGACGAAGCUGUGUGUCUGGCGGGGCUUUAAGCGUCUUGUUACGGAUCCGACUAUUACGCUGACGCAGCUGUUUGGGAAUUUCAUCAUGGCGCUGAUUAUCCUCACGUUGUAUGCUCAACGACCUAUCGUCGAGAAGCAUGAUCGCUACGCCCUGUAUCAUCCAUCUUCUGAAGCAGUGGCUUCUAUGCUCUGCGACAUGCCUUACAAGAUUCUCAACGCCUUCACGUACAACCUCACACUUUACUUCAUGACCAACCUUCGCCGAGAACCCGGCCCCUUUUUCUUCUUCCUGUUCGUCACAUUCCUCGUCACACUCUGCAUGUCCAUGAUUUUCAGAACAAUUGCUUCUGCGUCUCGAACACUCUCUCAAGCUAUGGUUCCCGCUGCCCUCCUCAUACUGGCAUUGGUUACCUUUACGGGCUUCGUUAUUCAGAUCGACUAUAUGCUCGGUUGGUGCCGGUGGAUCAACUACGUCAACCCUCUUGCGUACGCAUUUGAAUCACUCAUGGUGAAUGAGUUUCACAACCGCAAGUUUGAGUGCAAUUUGUUCAUUCCUACGUAUCCGGACGCGGCACCCGAGAAUCGUGUUUGUUCGACUGUUGGUGCUGUGCAGGGCGAACCUAUGGUUUCAGGGGACAGAUACAUCAACUUGUCGUUCUCAUACUACCAUGCGCACAAGUGGCGAAAUGUCGGUAUUGUUAUUGCUUUUACGCUUCUUUUCCUUGCCACAUACAUGUUUUUUGCGGAAGCCGUGAGCGCAAAAAAGUCAAAGGGAGAAGUUCUUGUUUUCCGUCGUGGUCACAGACUUGCAAAGAACAGAGUUGAUGCUGAGUCUAGUCCAGCGGGUCGCGUGGUUGUCACUGAGAAAGAAGGCUAUGGAGAGGGACAGCCGUCAAACUUCAAGUCAACGAGUGUUUUCCACUGGAACAACGUCUGCUACGACGUCAAGAUCAAGAGUGAAAAUAGGCGUAUUCUUGAUAACGUAGCAGGAUGGGUCAAGCCCGGUACAAUGACAGCUCUAAUGGGCGUCUCGGGAGCCGGCAAAACAACACUCCUCGACUGUCUCGCCGACCGCACAAGCAUGGGAGUUAUUCACGGCGACAUCCUCGUCGACGACAAGCUCCGCGACGCCUCCUUCCAGCGCAAAACAGGCUACGUCCAGCAACAAGACCUACAUCUAUCCACAACAACAGUCCGCGAAGCCCUCAACUUCUCCGCCAUAAUGCGACAGCCAAAACACAUACCAGUCAAACAGAAGAUCUCAUACGUUGAUGAAGUCAUCAAAAUGCUAGAUAUGCAGGACUAUUCUGAAGCAGUCGUUGGUGUUUUGGGCGAGGGCCUAAAUGUAGAACAACGGAAACGCUUAACGAUUGGUGUUGAACUGGCUGCCAAACCGCCAGUUUUACUGUUUGUUGAUGAACCUACUUCUGGAUUGGACUCGCAGACUUCAUGGGCUAUUCUAGACCUGCUGGAAAAGCUGGCUCGUAGCGGACAAGCUAUCCUCUGCACUAUCCACCAACCAUCAGCCAUGCUCUUCCAGCGCUUCGAUCGUCUACUCUUCCUAGCCAGUGGAGGCAAAACGGUGUAUUUCGGGGACGUCGGUGACCAUUCCCGCACAAUGACUCGCUAUUUCGAAUCUCACGGCGCAGAACCGUGUCCGCCUGAAGCAAACCCCGCAGAAUGGAUGCUCGAAGUAAUCGGCGCAGCACCCGGUUCCGAAACGAGUCUCGACUGGCCCCAGAUCUGGAAAGAUUCAUCCGAGUUUGCUGAAGUUCAGAAACACUUGCAGGAAUUGUCGCAUCAUCAGGUUGAGAAGAGUCAGGAUGAAGAUCCGCAUUUGUACGAUGAGUUUGCUGCUACGUUUACGACGCAGUUGAAGUAUGUCACGACGAGGGUUUUUGAGCAGUAUUGGAGAACGCCUUCGUAUAUCUACUCGAAAGCGGCGCUGUGUACACUCGUUGCACUGUUCAUUGGCUUUUCGUUUUACCAGGCGCCUAACACGGCACUUGGACUGCAGAAUCAGAUGUUUGCGAUUUUUCAGGUGUUGACUGUCUUUGGGCAGCUCACGCAGCAACAGAUGCCACAUUUUGUUAUUCAGCGAGAUCUGUAUGAAGUCAGAGAACGACCCUCCAAAACAUACAGCUGGCAGGUCUUCAUCCUAAGUCAAAUCAUGGUCGAAAUUCCAUGGAAUACCCUCAUGGCCGCGAUCAUGUACUUCUGCUGGUACUACCCCAUCGGUCUAUACCGCAACGCCGAACCUACCGACGCCGUAGCUGAGCGCGGCGCCCUGAUGUUCCUGCUCUUCCUCGUCUUUAUGCUCUUCACCUGCACUUUCACCGAUUUCAUUAUCGCGGGGUGCAGCUCAGCCGAAACAGGAGGAAACAUCGCUAACUUGCUAUUUAUGAUGUGUCUCAUCUUCUGUGGUGUUCUCGCAAAGCCAGACAGUUUCCCCAAGUUCUGGAUCUGGAUGUAUCGCAUCAGUCCGUUCACAUACCUCAUUUCUGCCAUCUUGUCCACUGCUGUGGCGAAUACAGAAGUUGUCUGUGCGCGGAACGAAUAUGUUGUUUUUCCACCGCCGAAGGGUCAGACGUGCGGGGAGUACAUGCAGGCGUAUAUCAAGAGCGCGGGAGGGUAUCUCUUAGAUGAGAGCAGUAACAGUACAUGCACGUACUGUACUAUCGGAGACAGCAAUGUGUUCUUGGCGGGGGUUCGGUCGCAUUAUGAUGAGCGGUGGAGGAAUUUCGGUUUGAUGUGGGUUUAUAUCAUCUUCAAUGUUUUUGCGGCUUUGGCGUUGUAUUGGCUUGUUAGAGUCCCGAAGAACAAGAAGGGGGAGAAGGAGAAGAAGGAGUGA